UGUAAACAACAGUGGGGAGAAGGAAAAGAAAGAGAGACACUUUGCUUCGUUGGUUUUGUUUUUAUUUUGUCACGGAUUGAAUGCCACAUUUUAUCCUGUUACACUGGUGCCAUGAGCCGAUAAGGUUUUGAAUGACUUCGGUUGUUCAGUGGCUUAUCAAAAUGUCUACGGUGAUGUUAAGCGCCACGAACAGCAAGCUAAAUAUCUUGGUCAAUAAACUACACGAGUACUUGUCUCAUUCCUCUGUUGAGGAAACCAAUGGUACAGCAGAGCUAGAGGAACCAGAUGCUCUCAAGAACAAUAGGAAUACAAUGACAAGUUCAACAGGUCACACUACAAGUGAGGCAGGUAUGCAGGCUAAAUACUCCAGGAGAAAGCCUUCAGUUGUUGUUAAGCAUUCUGGACUAGAUGAAUCUGGUGACUCGAAUGGAGGUGAAGACUUGGAUCUACCAAUUAAUUCAAAUGGUCAUCUCGAUAUUACUAGAUUACCAAAAGGCACUGUAUUAGUCAGGCCAGAACCAGUUGAUAAUGUCAGAGGUGACUUCAGGGGACCAGAAUUCCAGAGCCGAAAGUCCAAUGUUCUGAGAAAAGACUUUUCAAGGAGACGAGGAGCUGAACAUUUGGGAAUUGUCAGUUGCACUGCUUGUGGGCGACAAGUUAACCACUUCCAGAGAGAUUCUUUCUAUCGACAUCCAGUUCUGAAAGUACUUGUUUGCAAGUCUUGCUACAAGUAUUAUUUAAGUGAUGAUAUCAGUAAGGAUGGAGAAGGAAUGGAUGAGCAAUGCAGAUGGUGUGCUGAGGGAGGAAACUUGAUCUGUUGUGACUUCUGUAGCAAUGCUUUCUGCAAGAAGUGUAUUUUAAGGAAUUUGGGGAGGAAGGAGCUGUCUGGUAUCUUGGAGAGCAAAUGGUACUGUUAUGUCUGUAGCCCAGAGCCCCUUUUUGACCUUGUGGAGGCCUGCAACACAGUCCUUUGCAGUAUGGAGAAUCUGUGGCGGCAGCAGCGCAAGAGGAAUCGUGCAGAGCCAGAGAAAUCUGAACUUUUUCACAUCUUGCCACAAAACAUUCCUCUGGAUAAGUGGGAUCACAGUGGCAUGGAUGGAAGUGUGGUGUUCAACUAUAACACUCUGCAGAUUUCAAAGGACAUGACUAAAAAAGCCAAACAUUUAGUGGAAUCAGCAAACACUAUAAAUCGAACAUUUGUCAAUUUUAUUCACACUGUAACAAAAAACAAACAAGCACAUGGUGUUCGCGUUCUGCAUCUGAAGUCUUUUUUGUCAGUGCUGAAAGGCUUGAGGAAGUCCCUAACAGCCCUUGAGGAUUGCCUUAAGGAAGAAUUUAAUGACUUGGACACAAUAGAGAGUUGGGAAAGUUUCUUAAAUGAUGACUUUGACACGCAUCAUGUGACAGAAUCAGAGCUUGAUAUCUCGGAUGGUGCAUGUUUGAAUGUCUUGCAGAAGUUGGCAGCUGAACAUUUUAAUGAUGAUGAUUCAGACUCUAAGGGCUUUACUGAUAGUAUUAAGUCUUUUUCCCAUGGGAGAAGUACCCAUGGCUGCUCUGGGGAGUGCCUGGAUUCCGAACAAAGGAACAGCCAGACGCCUGUGGUCAGUAUGACAAAAAAACUAGUGGUGCAACUUACACCCGUACCUAUGGAACAGGAGCCCCCCUCCACUGCUCCGGAUGCAGAGACAGAGAUAGACAAGCACAUAAUGGUUAAUUUGGAGGAAGAAGAGGAGGUAGGAAAUGGAGAAAUGGAUGUUGCUUGUAGUAAACCUGACAGCAACAUGAGCAGUGACAUCUCUAGUACAUUGAAGGAAUCUGUACAUCUAGAAGAGGAACAAGGCAAUAGGCGGUCUCCUCGGGUGAAAACCACACCCCUGCGACGUCCAAGUGAUAUCAAGGGUAAAAAGCCACUUUCAGCAGCCGAAACUGACACUGACCUCGACCAGGAGGAAACUCCCAGCACAGGACCAGCCAAAGAGGGUGAAGAAGAGCUUAGAACAAGAGAUGACUCAGACUCAGAUGAAGUUCCAACAGCUCUGGUUGAAAGAGCAGCUAUGACACAAACAUCUGAUGAGCCCCAGAGUGAUGAGGAUGAUAAAGCAUCAAAUAAGGUAGCUAAGAAAUGUCUCUUUUGGCUGAAUAAGAACACUCCGGAAAAUAUUAGACGCAAGCGCAAGUUCCUUGACUGUUCUCCUGGGUCUGACUCAAGGAAAGUCAAGCCUCGAAUGGAAAGUGUAAGCGAUUCUUCUAGUGAUGAAGACUCUGAGAAGCAAAUAAAACGCUUGCAGACUGUGAGGUCAAUAGGGAAGCCUCAACUCUCCAAAAGGCAGGAUGACUGUGCAGUUAGAGAGCAGGGGCAAAUAUUGUCCAGCAAGUCCAACUUUAAACCUCGGCAGGAAAUAAUGGUGUUGACAACUUCGUCAAGUGAUGACGAAUGUGAUGAUGAUGGUGACGACGAUGAUGAUGACAAUGACUCUGGCAGCGAUGAAGAUGAUCAGAAGAUCAAGCCAAUUACUGAAAAUGUUUCCUUAUUGGCUACAACAGCAUUUCACCAAUCAUCUGGAGAUGACGAGCAGUCUGGGCCCUCUUGGGCAGCAGAAGAUGACGAUGACCCAGAAAAUAGAAUUGCUAAGAAAAUGCUUUUGGCCCAAAUCAAUGCCAUCUCCUCGAGUGAUGAUAUAUCUUCGGAUGAGGAAACACAGGACAGUAAAUCAGAGUUGGAGGGUGACACAGAAGCUAAUCAAAGAGUGGAUAUUGAAAAUGGAGAAGACUUGACAUUAGCUUCACAUGAGCCUGUUUCUAGGCACCCUCUACUCCAUCACAAGCUCACCCUAGAUGAAAGGCCAUUGAAUGGCAAACCUCCAGCAGAUGAGGAUGGAGGAGAGCUAAAAAACGAGACAAAAGCGGACGGGAAACUUGGGCCCACUAGUGACCUUGAUGAUAACACUGAUGUUGAAGAGUUGGAGAUCGAGAGCUCUGGAAUGAGCGAAGAGGUCAGCGAUUCACAAGAUGACAAUGUUGGAUUAAAAAGCGACAGCAAAGGCACACCCAAGAGACGCAAAAAGAUCCGCAAAAUCAUAGAGGAUACAAACCUGUGUGCUGAGACGCAGGAAGCCCUGAGAGAGGAGGAGCAACGACGCAAACGGUUGGCAGAUAGAGAACAGCAGAUGGAGGACCGGAGAGAGAUAAUAGUUAUAGAGGAUGAGUUAUCUCAAGUUCCGUGUUCCAUAACUACCAAGCUGGUCCUGGAUCAGGAUGAGGACACGAAGGAGCCUCUUGUUCAGGUGCACAGGAAGCUGUUGAUCCGGCUGAAGCCUCACCAGGUGGAUGGAGUCCAGUUCAUCUGGGACUGUUGCUGUGAGUCUGUGAAGAAGGCCAAUUCCUCUCCUGGAUCAGGCUGUAUCCUGGCACACUGUAUGGGACUAGGGAAGACUCUUCAGGUGGUGGCUUUCCUUCACACAGUGCUGUGUACAAAAAUCCUGAAAUUCACAACUGCCUUAGUUGUGUGUCCACUAAACACUGUGCUGAGCUGGGUCAGUGAAUUCAUGAAAUGGCAAGAAAAUAUCAUUGAGGAUAAAGUUAUGGUUACAGAACUGGCUACAAUAAAGAGUCCUCGGGAACGGCUCAGUGCUCUGCAGAGGUGGCAGAGAGAUGGCGGAGUUGCGAUAAUGGGAUAUGAGAUGUACCGCAGCCUCUCACUGGGCCAUAAAGUCAAAGACGACAGCCUGACACGAGAGUUUAAGAAGCUGCUGGUGGAUCCCGGUCCAGACUUUGUGGUUUGUGAUGAGGGUCAUAUUCUGCACAAUGAAGCUUCUAAAAUCUCCAAAGCAAUGACCGCUAUCAAAACCCGGCGGCGAGUGGUGCUAACUGGCACGCCUCUUCAGAACAACUUAGUUGAGUACCACUGCAUGGUCAGUUUUAUCAAGCAGAAUCUUCUCGGAUCACUGGUGGAGUUCAGGAACCGCUUUAUUAACCCCAUCCAGAACGGCCAGUGUGCCGAUUCCACCCCGAAAGACGUCCGAAUCAUGAAGAAACGCGCGCAUGUGCUGUAUGGUAUGUUGGCUGGCUGUGUACAGAGAAAAGAUUACUCUGUGUUAGCUGCGUUUCUGCCUCCCAAAUAUGAGUUUGUGCUGGCAGUGAGAGUUUCCCCACUUCAGUGUCGCCUGUAUCACCACUACCUUGAUCAUAUUGCAGGUGUGAGACCCACCGCUGAAAGGGAAAAGGUCAAAGUCGGUGCAAACCUCUUCAAAGACUUUCAGGUACUUCGUCAAAUUUGGUCUCAUCCCAGGUGCCUUCAACUGAACUCCAUCAGCAAAGGAAAAGCACAGUCGGGCAAAAAUAAUCCUAUUAAAGCUGCAGCUCUCUCAAAAAGGGAACCAUCUGUGACAACUGAAAGUGGAAUGAGAAAAGAUGGAGGAGAAGCAAACACCGCUGACAACAGUGAAAGGCUUACCGUUGAUGUGGUCAGCGGCACUUCAGCAGCUGAAGGAGAGAUGAAUCCUCGCAAAGCCACUGAAGGCUGGUACAACCACCUGAUGAGCGAUGAGGACACCAUCAUCCUGGAGCAUUCUGGGAAGAUGGUGCUUCUGUUUGAGAUACUCAAAAUAGCUGAAGAGCUGGGGGACAAAGUACUUGUGUUCAGUCAGUCAUUGAUCUCAUUGAAUCUAAUUGAAGAUUUCCUCAGUGCCGCCCACAAUGCCAGAAGUUCACAGGCAGGCAAAGAUGGCAGCUGGAUUAAAAAUAUCGAUUACUAUCGUAUGGAUGGUUCUGUCAAUGCUGUGUCGAGGAAGCAAUUGGCAGAAAAGUUCAAUGACACUGCUAAUGUCCGCGGCCGGUUGUUCCUCAUCUCGACACGAGCCGGCUCACUUGGCAUCAGUCUUGUUGCUGCCAACAGGGUCAUUUUGUUUGAUGCUUCAUGGAAUCCCUCCCACGACACACAGAGCAUAUACAGGGUGUAUCGCUUCGGUCAGCAGAAACCUGUGUUUGUGUAUCGCUUCUUAGCACAGGGCACCAUGGAGGAAAAGAUCUAUGACCGUCAGGUGACAAAAAAGUCUUUGGUCAUACCGCCGUGGUGGACGAGCAGCAGAUUGAGAGGCACUUCACCCUUCUGAACUGACUGAACAUACACAUUCGAACCCGACCUGCUGGAUGACCCCAACUCGAAGAAAAGCAAGAGAUCCACCCCGGCUUUUCCAAAGGAUGUGAUUCUGGCAGAAUUACUACAGGCCUGUAAAGACUCACAUAGUGUGCUACCAUGAGCACGACUCUCUGCUGGGCCACAAAGAAGACGAGGA